AUGGAAGAGAGAGAUAGGCGUUUCGCAGGAGAACCGUGGCAUUCUUGCAUGUGCUUGUAUGCAUUUGUUUGCAUGUGCUUGCAUGGGCUUGCGUGCUCGAUUAGGGUCUCCUCCCGCACUCCGAGUCCCCAGAGCAGGACCUGCUGGCUCCGAGGACGCCGAUACAGCUUCUGGGUGACAGGUGCUGCAGGGCCUGCCCCGAGGCACUGGGUUGCUUCUGCUUGGGGCAAGCCGGCCACCUCCAGCCCUGGGCCCGCCUCCCCUCGUCCGCACGCCGGGCUAGCCCGGACAAGGACCUCGGACAGAGCCGGUUCCAGACCUGGAGAGCGUGGGAGCGCGCCAGCCGCCCCCCGGGACUCGGCUGCUGCCGGAGCUAGAAGAACGUCAGGGUGUUUCUGUGGCUUGGGACUGGUUAGCACCAACAAGUCCUGCUCAAUGCCACCCAUCAGUUUCCAAGACCUUCCUCUCAACAUCUACAUGGUCAUCUUCGGCACAGGCAUCUUUGUCUUCAUGCUCAGCCUCAUAUUCUGCUGCUAUUUUAUCAGCAAACUCCGGAACCAGGCACAGAGUGAACGAUACGGAUACAAGGAGGUGGUGCUGAAAGGUGAUGCCAAGAAGUUACAGUUAUAUGGGCAGACCUGUGCGGUGUGCCUGGAAGACUUCAAGGGGAAGGAUGAGCUGGGCGUGCUCCCGUGCCAACACGCCUUUCACCGCAAGUGUCUGGUGAAAUGGCUGGAAGUGCGCUGUGUGUGCCCGAUGUGCAACAAGCCCAUUGCCGGGCCCUCGGAGGCCUCUCAGAGCAUUGGGAUCCUCCUGGAUGAGCUGGUGUGAGGGCUGCUUCCGCACCCAGACCUGGAGAAGACUUCUUGCCUUGGGAGUGCCUGGUCCCCCUGCACAGCUACAAUGAGAAAGACUGUUGGGAGUGGUCAUGCUCACCUGCGGAGAGGAUGGGCCAGGGCUGGUCUUCCGCCUUCAGGGAGAGCAAGGCCACUGCCAAGAACACCCCACCUUUCCACCUCCUGAAGCCUUCUUCCCUCCUCUCAGCCCUGAUGCUGUCACCACCAAGGCCGCUGUUUCCUGGUACUGGACGACCUACCUGCCUGGUCCCUGCUCUGGGGGAAGGAGUCUGCUCCUGUCUAGCCAGGAACAUGGAGCGUCUCUGCCCAAGGUUCCCCUUAGGCUGACAAGCUGCCCUGACCAACCUCUGGUCCCCCAUCCUCUCCUGACUCCUUCCACAGGAAGGGUGGAAAGGAAGGAAGGAAGGAAGGAAAAACAAGGCACCAAGGACCCGCCCUGGGGGCACAGGAGGCUCUAUGUUGAACAGGGAAGAGCGGGGCGACAGGAGGAAAAAGUCGAUGUUUACAUGGGACUAUUGGAACAAAGGCUGGCCUGCCGGCUGGCCGACUACAGGCUGGCAGGGGAGACUCCUUCCCCUGCCAGGAUCUGAGGUGCUAUCAGUUCUCUCCCUUCUCCUCUCAGAGUUUCUGUUCUGUGUGGGGCCCGAGUGCCCCUCUAGGGGAAGUCUACACUCAAACGGAUUCCCAGGGGCUUUUUCUAAAGGAACAAAAGGGGCUGGGGGCUGGGGGUGUCUGCGGGCCGUGGAGGCAUGGACGCCUCCUUACCCCUGUAAAUAGUAUUUUUCUACUUCCUCCUCACCAUCUCAGGCUUUACUCGUGGAUGCCCCAGAACAAGGUUGGGGAGGGGUGGGAGAAAGUUUAUGUAUUUAAAGACUAUUAAAUUUAAUAAGACGUUUCUCUAA